CAUGCCCCUUUUAGGCCUCUUUCACUUAGAUCCUCCCUUCCUCUCUCAGAACACAUAAGACUUACCACCCGCUCACUCGUGGAAGCAAACAGGAUUUUAGAAGGAGGACUUUUCAAACCGUUAUCAUGAUUUUUCAAGCGCUUUUUGAUUGUAUGGACUUUACCAGCUGGUUGCUGUUGACUUUAGCCACGUUACUUGUGACGGAUGUCGUCAGAAACUGGAGACCACACAGCUUUCCACCAGGACCGUGGGCGCUGCCUUUUCUAGGAAACAUCUUCACAGGAGUUGACUUCAAAACAAUAGAGAAGCUUGCUCAGCAGUACGGUCCAGUGUUCAGCUUGAGGAAAGGCAGCGCGAGGAUGGUGUUCGUCUCUGGCCACAAGAUGGUCAAAGAGGCUCUCGUCAACAAGAUGGACAGCUUCGUUGAUCGACCUGUUAUUCCUCUCUUCCACAAAACCUUCAAGGGGAUUGGUAUAGCUAUGAGCAAUGGUUACCUCUGGAAGCAGCAGAGGAGGUUUGCCAACACUCACCUGCGUUACUUCGGAGAGGGUCAGAGGUCGCUGGAAAAAUACAUUCAGGUUGAAAGCAGCUUCUUGUGUGAAGCUUUUAAAGAGGAACAAAAAGCACCGUUCAACCCCCAAUACACCAUAACGACCGCAGUGGGCAACAUCAUCUCCUCGGUGCUCUUCGGACAGCGCUUUGAAUACAGCGAUCAGAGCUUCCGUAAGGUUCUGGAGCUGGACAACGAGGCCGUCCUGCUCGCCGGCUCUCCUCUAGCUCAGCUGUAUGAUGUGUUCCCCGGCUUGCUGGAGCACCUGCCGGGACCUCACCAGACUCUCCACAGAAACUACAAGGAGAUCAUGGCUUUUCUGGAAAAGCAAGUAGACAAGCACCGGGAAGAGUGGAACCCCGAAGACCCCCGGGAUUUCAUCGACGUAUACCUGGCAGAGAUGGAAAAGAAAAAGCAGGAUCCCCAGGCGGGCUUUAACAUCGAAACCCUGCUGGUUUGCACUCUCGACCUGAUUGAGGCUGGGACCGAAUCAAGUGCCACCACUUUACGCUGGGCCCUCGUCUACAUGAUGCACUACCCAGAGAUACAAGAGAAAGUCCAGGCAGAGAUCGACAGAGUGAUCGGAGAGUCUCGUCAGCCCAGCGCGGCCGACCGACCCAACAUGCCCUUUACAGACGCCGUCAUCCACGAGAUUCAAAGGAUGGGGAACAUUGUUCCUAUGGGAUUCCCCAAAAUGGCCACUAAAGACGCUACAUUGGGAGGAUAUUUAAUACCCAAAGGCACAAGUGUGACGACAGCUCUCGGAUCCGUGCUCUUUGAUAAGAACGAGUGGGCGACUCCUGGCACCUUCAAUCCUGAGCAUUUCUUGGAUUCAGAGGGCCGGUUCCGCAGAAGAGAGGCCUUUCUACCGUUUUCUGCAGGUAAACGUGCGUGUGUAGGAGAACAUCUGGCCAGGAUGGAGCUGUUCCUUUUCUUUACGGCUCUCCUCCAACGCUUCACCUUCUCUCCUGUUCCUGGAGAAAUGCCCAGCCUGGAGGGAGUGAUGGGCUUCACCUAUUCCCCUGAAAAGUUCCGGAUCCUGGCUCUGCCUCGCUAAAUCGCUCCCACCGUUACUUCUGCCCGCAGUGUCACACAUCGCCACGUUCUCUCUGAGACAAGGCUUUUGUUGAAUGUAAGCAGAAGAAAUGAUAACACAUGUGAUCAUGACUAGUGUUAUAAUUGUGAUUUGUGCGUUAUUAGAUAUUAGUUAGUAAUUAUAUUAGUAUGCAAUAUGAAUUAAACACAUUUAUAAUCGGGGGGAGGAGUUACGUUUGAACAUGCAGCCAAUCACAUACGGCUUUAAAAUGAUUGACACGCACAGGGAAAUUGGGGACAGACAGAAUCUCUGGAGACCUAUGCUUUGAGGUCAGAAUCCACUGUGGGAAAGGCAAUUCACUAUAUUGUAAAAUACUAUACUUUUUAGACCGUAUUUCACCCUGUAAUAAUGGAUUUUAAACUCGAGCCAGUAGAUUCUUUGGACUUUUCACCUCCGGCAAGGCGAAGGGAAAAAGGGAGCCGAGCAUUUGAUAUGUUGUUAGACCACACACAAGACAAUCAAUGAUCACAUAUCUGCCUCACAUUGAAACUAGAUUUUAUCAGAUUAUCCCAAAUUAUAGUGUCACCAUGUCACUGGAAAUUCAGUCGUAGAAUAUCUGCAAGUUUAAAGUCAAAGACAACUGGACUUAAUCCUUUUUUCAAGCCCAGUGGAUCAAUUACUCUACAGGCCUACUGGACUCCUACAAAACAUCAAAGAGUUGCAUAGCAACCAGCAACAUACUCAACAUCACAACACAAAACGACUAUGAAGAGAAACAACCAGCAUCAGACCAAAAAAGACUAGAAAGAGACUAAACUACACAGUCAGAGUCCUUCUCACAUGGGGGGGAAAGGGGCUUUUGGCAUGUCGGAUUCAUGGUCUCAUUAUCUGUCCAAAUAUAGACAGUCCGAAAAUAAAUACAGCGGGCUACUAAUGACAGUUAACCUAUACAUUGAAAGUGUAACCAACCCAUUUUGUGUGUACUUCCUUUGUUACCUCUUUGUUUGAUUUUGUGCAUGUUUGGAGUUGGAUGCUUUUAUUUUGAAGGUAUUAGUACCCGCCCGAAAGGGUAAAAGCUUGUACAAUCAAUCAGUAAAGCGUCAGACCAUCUGUCGGGAGGGGUAUGCUACAGAAAGGUUUGCUGUACUAGUCAACAUCUCACUUAGAAUUUAGAUGUUCUCAUUGAAUCAAUAAAAGAAAAGAUGGAUGUUCUAGAACAUUCUUAAACUG